AUGGCGCUGCGCUCCGGACCUCGACAGGACGCCUUGCUGGCAGGCUGCUUCUUGCUGCUUCUGGGCCAUGUCUGUCCCUUCAGGGACGCCGUGAAAGAUAAGAGAGAGAUCUGCCUGAUGCCAAGAGAUAUAGGAUUAUGCAGAGCUAUCAUUCCUAGUUGGUAUUACAACCGAUACACACAGACUUGCGAGGAGUUUGAUUAUGGUGGAUGUGGAGGGAAUGAAAAUAACUUUGAAAGUGAGGAACAUUGUGAGCAGACUUGUGGUAUGAUCAAGAGAGUUCCCAAAGAAUGCCGACCGGAACUCAAUGAAGGAAAAUGUGGAGCUUUCUAUAAAAGAUAUUUCUUUAACCUGAAUACAAUGAAGUGUGACAGAUUUUACUAUGGGGGAUGUAAAGGAAAUGAAAAUCGAUUUUUGACUAAAUUUUCAUGUAUGAAUUACUGCCUGUCAGAGGAAGACAACAGGGAGAUCUGCCUGCUGCCAAGCGAUAUAGGAUUCUGCAAGGCUAUCAUUCCUAAAUGGUAUUACGACCAAUACACACAGACUUGCAAGGAGUUCAAUUAUGGUGGAUGUGGAGGGAAUGAAAAUAAAUUUUCAAGUGAGAAAGAUUGUGAGCGGACUUGCGGUAUGAUCAAGACUACCUUUAGUGUAGGAUUUACAAUGGACAGCCCAAUCCAGACAUACGUGGCGGACAGCCGCUCGGGCAUGGGCGGAUCUACGAUGCUACUCGUUGGCUUCCAAAGGGGUUUGGGGCGCCAGAGCACAGCACAGCCAAGCCUCGGCCACCGCCUGUAG